GUAUUGCUACUUUUUAUCUUCAUUGCGAUUGCUGCAAGCCCUUCUGAUGGCUCAUUUCGUGAUCGUUGCAAAUGUCCAAGAUAUUGGGUUCCAUUUAGAAGAAGUUGCUAUCGAGUGUUCUCAUAUUUAAGGAGGUGGCAUGAAGCAGAAGCUCAUUGCAAAUCCUUUAGGAGAAAAGGACGACAAGGUCACCUCGUCUCCAUCGAAAGUCAUUCUGAAAACAAUUUCGUCUCCACGCUUUGGAGAACAUCUUAUGGUAGGGUACGAUGGAGGAAGACAUACUGGAUUGGUUUGAAGAGGCAUGGUCAUAGUUGGCGUUGGUCGGACUUCUCACCAUUCCGGUACACAAGAUGGGGAAGACGUCAACCCAGUAAUGGAAGACGCCAAAAUUGCGUCCACCAACAGUAUAGGAGGAGUAGUUACCUGACCUGGAAUGACAACCGUUGCUGGAAAAAGUUAUCAUACGUAUGCGAGAUAGAAAAACGCUAA